GGGAGACGGAGAGAAAGAGCGAGUGAGGGAGAAAGAGAGAGAGAGAGAAGGAGGGAGGGCGAUACAUGUUCUCUCCGUUCGCUCCGAUCGCUCCUGUCUCCCGGCGUCUAAUCGAAAAGGGAGAAUUUUUGCAGGACCCCAGCAAGCAGGCGAGGACGAGGACAACUGUGAGGAUUAUUUCCUGCAAAAAACAUCACCUCGGCUUGUGGAUACUGAGCAUCUGUGGAGCGUUUGCGUGUGUGUGUGCGUGUGUGUGUGUGUUUAUGUGUGUGUGUGUUCCCCAUCCUGAAGUUAUACAGGAUGCAAGCGGGGGAUGAACAGAACGUGGCGCGGCAGGAUCCUUAGAGGCAGGAACACCGGCUCUGCUUCCAGCCACUGACGAGAGCAUCAGGACCGCUCUCUCUCUGUCUCUCUCUCUCUCUCUCUCUCUCUCUCUCUCUCUCUCUCUCUCUCUCUUUUCUCAUUUCUAUCUCUCUCUCCUUCUCUCUCUUUACCCCUCUGUCCCUAUUUUUUUCUUUCUGUUUGCUUCGUUCGAAUAUGCUCCGGAAUACGGCAGACGGACAAGGGGAACAAUUUAUCACACCAUCCUAAAGAGGACACGAAACGAGGAUUUUACCCCAAGACACGAUCUCAGGAGAGACUUUAAGAUUUUUUUUGGUCUCCGGUGAAGCAUUUGCUUUUCUACUGGUUGUGGAUGUUGCAUGGAACCUUGGAAAAGCUUCUGCAGGGAACUGAUGUGCACUCUGGUCCUCACGCUACAGCGACCGUGACAGCACAUUUUGUUCUUAUCUGGCUCAUUAGAUUUCUGGAGUACUUCUCAAGCAAUGUGGUGAGGAUCUUCUAAAGGUGCACCAGGAAAUAACAGCAGGAGGAGGUCAGACAGGACGUACCAAGUGGACCCCACACAGAUCUAAAGACUGACUGAGGAAAAGUGAAAUUACUGAUGAGCAGGAAACUACGGCAUGGCUGAAAGAAUGAUCAUUCUUCUAUGUGAGUCGUGACAGAAUGGUGGACUGCCUGAGCCGAGUCAUGUUGCACACAGCUAUAUCUUGCUGGCAGCCAUUGCUGGGACUGGCCCUGGUGGCAGUCUUCUUAGGUUCUGCCCUUGCCUGCCCUUCUCGCUGCGAGUGCUCUGCCCAGAGUCGCUCCGUCAUCUGCCAUCGGAAACGUUAUCCAACCAUACCAGAUGGCAUUCCAAUUGAAACACGUAUCCUGGACCUCAGCAAGAAUCGCAUCCAGGCCAUCAAUCCGGACGACUUCUCUGUCUACCCACACGUUGAAGAGCUGGACCUGAGUGGCAACAUCAUUGCCUAUGUAGAACCAGGAGCUUUUAACUUACUCUCUAGUUUACACACGCUCAGUCUGAAGAGCAACCGCAUCAAGCUCUUGUCCCUGGGCGUGUUCACUGGGCUUUCGAACCUCACCACACUCGACAUUAGUGACAAUAAGAUAGUCAUUCUGGUUGAUUACAUGUUCCAGGAUUUGCAUAAUCUUAAGUCAUUAGAUGUAGGCGACAAUGAGCUGGUGUACAUCUCACACCGAGCAUUCAAUGGCUUAGUUUCACUGGAGAGUCUGACACUGGAGCGCUGUAACCUGACCAUGGUGCCGACGGAUGCCCUGUCCCACCUUCACAAUCUGGUGAGCUUGCAUAUGCGCUACCUCAGCAUAAGUACCCUUCAACCUUACUCCUUCAAGAAACUAUUCCGUCUAAGCCACCUGGAGAUUGACAACUGGCCUUCACUGGAUGUUUUUCCAGCCAACACUUUGCAUGGCCUGAACCUCACUACGCUUUCUGUCACCAAUACCAAUCUGUCCACAUUCCCCUACCAGGCCCUGCGUCACAUGCCUUACCUCACGCACCUGAAUGUGUCCCACAGCCACAUCCGCACUGUGGAAGGAGGUCUUCUGCAGGACCUGGUGCGUCUCCGUGAGCUGAGAAUAUCAGCAGCCCAGCUGGUGUCUGUGGAGCCCUACGCUUUCCAGGGUCUACGUUGGCUCAGACUUCUUGACGUGUCCCAUAACAGGCUGCAAACUUUGGAGAGGGGUGUGUUCCACACUCCAGAGGCUCUGGAGGUGUUGCUCAUCAAUGACAAUCCUCUCGUUUGCGACUGUCGACUCAUGUGGCUGCUGCAAAAGCGGCACUCGAUCUCAUUUGGAGAUGAGCAACCCGAAUGCAAUACUCCUGAGGGAAUCCGCGGGCGCCCUUUCAAGGAGUUCAAGGAAACCCUCUUGUCUUACUACGUGACCUGUACCAAGCCCAAGAUCCGUGAGAACCGGACACAGCUGGUGUCAGUAGAAGAAGGGCAGCCUGCUCAGCUACACUGCAGUGCUGAUGGGACUCCUCGCCCCAUCAUUUCCUGGGUCACGCCACGCCGCAGACAUCUGACCACCCGGAGUCAUGGAAGAGUAAUGGUGCACAACAAUGGCUCACUCAAUAUCAAGGCAGUGGAGCUUCAAGAUGGUGGCGUGUAUGUCUGCGUGGCCUCCAACACAGCAGGAAAUGACACGCUCAUGGUUUCCUUGGCUGUUAAGAGUCUGGGCUCGCUUUAUGCUAACAGGACCCAGUACUACAUAGAUCCUAACAGUACUACUGCCAACAGCACCAAUUCCCCCAACACAACCUUUGGCCUCGAUCUAAAGACUAUCCUGGUUUCGACAGCAAUGGGUUGCUUUACAUUCCUUGGUGUUGUCCUGUUCUGUUUUCUGCUCCUGUUUGUAUGGAGUCGGGGCAAAGGAAAGCACAAAAACAACAUCGAUAUAGAGUAUGUGCCACGCUCCAAGUCCAAUGAGGCCUCGCCCGAGGAAGCAGAACAGACCUCUGGUCCUCGACGCUUUAACAUGAAAAUGAUUUAAGUGGAUUUAAUAGAACACCAGUGGGAAUGUAUGCACACAGACCCAGUAAUGGGACUGGCUUUGUCAGGAUGUACACAUGCCCUUGAAACAAAGCCCAUGCGGCUGUUUUCCUGAACUCUAAUGGGAGAAAAAUGCGUGAAAAAGUGUCUCAAUAAUGAACUAUUUUCAAUUUUUAUGAAUCCCUCUUAGUAAGAGGAUGCAUUCAAAGACACUUAAAAAAAAAGAAUUGUGUACAGGACAGGUUUGUAAAAAUUCAAGUAUUACCCUUAUUUGUUGGCUCGCAAAAAUUUGGCCUUCUCACUUCUCCAGACCUGAAAACCACAAAACUGUUUCCCUUCUCCACUGCAAACACAUAUAUGUACGUAAUACUUAAUUAUGUAUGUGUAUGUUAACACGUUAGUCACUUCCUAUUAUUUGCAAUUUCACAAGGUGCAAUGUCAACCAGUCUCACCAUUCCUCUCGCUGUCGGAGAAACCACGGCCCUUCCCUAAAACUGUUCAUGAACCGAGGACAAAGGGCUUGUGUGGCAUUCAAAUGUUAACCCCGAGAAUGUGUGUGCUGUCGCUCUAACCCCAAAUUAUACAGUAAUACUAUAUUUGUUUAUAAUAAUGAAAAAUGUAAAAAAUAUAUGACAUUAUUAAUAAAAAAAAAAGCCCAUUGACUUUAAAAUGCAUAAUACAAGGUGAAUAAGUGAAGAUUUCAAAGUAAAAAAAAUAAAAUAAAAAUGCACUGAGUUGCCUUUUUAAUAGAUACUACAUUGGUAUAUUUAAUAAAUUUGCACCUCAGUGUAUAAAAACAGUAUAUACACACUGAGUUGACCGUUUAUUAGAGAUCUAGGAUCCUAAAAAAUCUACCGACUCAGUGUGAUGACUUUUAAAUCUACUUAUUUUGCAUUCGUUUACAUUUGUACAUGGACUAUUUCUGUCCUAAUUUUGUCUUUCUUUUGAUCUUAAUGCUAACCUGAUGAGUUCAUGUCCAUCCACAGUGUAAUCAUCUGAUUUUUUUUUCUUUUUCACUUUUCUUUUGUAUUUUUUUGUCCCCAAUUAACAAAAUUUGGGAUUUGUUGUGGUAGUUUCUCAUUUUGUUGUUGAAUCAUUUAGAUUGUAAAGAGUUUAAAGAAAAAAAAAACAGAAAAAAUACAUGUAUGUGGAAUAAAGAAUAUUGAUUUGUAUUUUGAGGUUUCAUAUUAUCAAUUAUUGUGAUUAUAUGGAUGCUGAAGACC